AUGAACACUGAUUUUGUCGUUAAAAGCGUUCGAUCAGUCGACUUCAAUCGUCUAUUUUUAUCUUAUAAUUCUACUAAAAUACAUCGACAAAGAAGUUCAUCAAUUGAGGAUAAUGACGGAGUAACCAAAAGUACAAGUUUUGAUAAAAAGAAAAUUGAUGAUCAUCUAGAAAACUCCGAUUCAGAAUUAGAUGAUAAAACUCACGAGCGACAUUGCUGCUUACAAUGUGACAAAUCAUUUACAGCAUUAAGUGGCUUAAAACAACAUAUGCAUAUUCAUUCGUCAAUAAAACCAUUUCAAUGUGAAGUUUGCUUUAAAUCCUAUACACAAUUUUCCAAUCUGUGUCGACAUAAAAGAAUGCAUGUUGAUUGCCGAACAAAAGUUAAAUGUAGAUUUUGUGGUCAAAUUUUUUCAAAUAUAGCAGCACUAAACAAACAUCGACGUUAUUGUGGUGGUUUAAUAUCAUCGUCUUUACCAUUACGUUCACCAGUAUUCACGAAUAAAGAAGGGAUGAAUAAUUGGCUUUUGAAUUCAAAUUUAUCAUUUUCCAUUCUUCCUUAUCUAGCGCGUUUAGCUGCUACGGGUUCAUUUUUGAACGGACCAUUACCUUCAUUUCCAUUACCACCAAAUCCAAUUGAACAGCGCACAAUACCGAAUAUAAAUGAUGAUAGUAUUCCCCUUGAUUUAAGCAUUAAAAAACCUACUCAAACUCGAAAACGUUCCUUAUCGUCCUUAAGUUCAUCUUCGACUUCACAUGGAAUAAUUAGUCCUGAUUCCUUACUAUCGAAUGAUCAACAACCAAAGCAAAAUGCAUCAUCAUCAUCGUCGGGACGUGAUGCAACGGCCCUAUCAAAUGAAAGAAACCAACAACCGACAAAAUUAAAAAAACCUUUCAAUUCAUUUGAUGAUGGUAAUCAUCACACAUCGAUAGAUAAAUCAUAUUAUUCCAAUACCUGUUUAUCAAACAAAUACAAAUACAUUUGUUCGUAUUGUGGAAAAUGUUUUCCUCGCUCAGCAAAUCUAACUCGACAUUUACGAACGCAUACAGGAGAACAACCUUAUGAUUGUAAAUAUUGUGAACGAUCCUUUUCAAUCUCAUCAAAUCUUCAACGUCAUAUACGCAACAUUCACGGUCGAGAAAAACAGAUUUCAUCUCAAUCCCAUGGUUCUCUUUUGCGCAAAAAAAUAAUUUGA